AUUUUUGUGUGUGAGAGAAAGAGAAAUAAAUAUUAACCAUAUCUUUCUUCACACACAAAAUCAAAAGUUUCUCAACAAAAGUUUCUUAGUGUGAAACAGGUCAUAACAAAAGCGCAACGCUGUUUUAAUCUGAAUUUUCUUUUUUGAAAAUUUCUAUGAACCAGGGAUGACAAAAUCGAGUCUUAUUUGGUACUCUCAAAAUAUCUCAAAAGCACUGUAUAAUAUUAUACAAAUUUAAAAUUUUAAUAAUGUUUGGCACAUACUUACAUUGUUCUCAAAUGUACAAAUAAAAUUAUAGAGUAAUACAAGGUUCCUUCCCGAAAAUCAGAAAAAAACGCACAUAACUCAUAACCAGAAAAUCACUUAGAUUCACAAUAUUUAUUACCAAAUAAUGAUAUAAAUACAGAAUUAUUAAAUUUUGUCUUUAUAUACGAACUUUGUAUACAUUACCAAAUAAUUAUAUAGAUACAGAAUUUUGAAAUUUUGUGUUUAUAUACAUAAUUUGACAUAGCUCCCAUGGAUAAAUGUGGUUUAAAUCUGACGAAUUUGGUUUUUUUGGAAUUCAAUAUUAAUGGUGUCAUUUUGUAAAACGAAACGAGUCUAACGUUAACGAAAAUUUAUGUUUUCAAAACAUUUUGUAUUUUGUAAAACGAAUUCUAACAUUAUUUUCGUUUUACGUAAUAAAAUUGUAUUUUGUAAAACGAAAGUAAGCGUUUGAAAACGUUUCAAAUGUUAAAAUCAAACGUUGAAAAAAUUUUAUUCGUUUGAACAAUUUUCAAGUUCGUAUUUCAAUUUUUAAUUGCAAAAAUGGCGAAAAAACAAACAACAAACGAACAAUGGGAGUUAAUUUUAGAACAUAUGAACAAUAAUCCAAAUCUUGCUAGGGGUGUUCCUGUGUUUGGAAGCAACCGAAAAGAAAUAGACGAUUCUUGGGAACAGCUCACCCAAAAAGUGAAUGCGAUCGGUCCACCACAAAGGGAAAGUAAAGAAUGGAAAAAAGUAUGGUGUGAUCUAAGGACUCGUUUAAAGAAAAAAUUAAGUGAAAAUAAAGUAAGGGCGUCUAGAACAGGAGGAGGGAUAAAUACACAAAUACCACUUACACAAGUGUGGAACAAGCUGCUGACUCUAUUUUAA